AUGGAUGGGCUAUUAUCUCCAACUUCACCAACAUUCACAAUGUCUGCCGAGUCCUGCUCCAAGCCCUCCAACUUCGGCCGUGGCGCCUAUGACACCACUGGCCUCCCCAAGCCUCCUCCUCCUCAGCCUCAGUAA